AUGUCUAGCACUCUUGCCACUCCUAUUUCAAAAACUAUCAAAUAUAAUCCAGCCACUAACAAAUUAAUCACCUUAGGUGCAGGUUGUUUCUGGGGUACAGAACAUAUCUAUCGUAAACAUUUUGGCAACAAGUUAGUAGAUUGUAAAGUAGGUUACGCAAACGGUCAAGAAAAUUUAAAAGACUCAAAAAAUAGUAUUUCCUAUGAAAGGGUCAAAAAUGGAGAUACGGAUUUUACGGAAGUUUUACAAAUUAGUUAUGAUCCUACUAUUGUUAGCUUAAGAGAAUUGAUUGGGUUCUUUUUCCGUAUACAUGAUCCAACUACUCUAAAUGCACAGGGUCCAGAUUUAGGUACACAAUAUAAAAGUGCCAUUUUCCCACAUUCAAAGAAAGAUUUGGAGGAAGCUUUGGAAUUGAAAAAUGAGUGGCAACCUAAGUGGAAUAAUAGAAUCGUUACCCAAAUUGAAUUAUGCAAGAAUUUUUAUGAUGCUGAAGAAUAUCAUCAAUUGUAUUUAGAUAGAAACCCAGCUGGAUAUGCUUGUCCUACUCAUUAUAUAAGGGAUUUAUAA